CGCGGGCCCGGCCUCAUCGGCUCGCACCUCUCCGCCGCCCUGCGCGGUCCUAGGUUGCCCGCCCGAGCUGGGCCUCGCCGUGCGGCGGGCUGCUCCCACCUCGGCCGGCUCGGGCGGCAGCUCGGGCCCGGGAGCGUGUUGGCGGGCAGUGGCGCUGGGCCCUGCUCGGCCCUUUCGGCGUGGACGCCGGUAGAAGAAUACAUGUUCACCUUUAGUGAACAAGAGCAUGUUCCCAAACUCACUUCUGGGUCGUCCACCCUUCACUCCAAGCCACCAACAGCAUAAUAACUUCUUUGCUCUCUCACCAACUCUUUAUUCACACCAGCAACUUAUAGAUGCACAAUUCAACUUUCAAAAUGUAGAUCUGUCUAGAGCUGUGUCCUUACAGCCCCUGACAUAUGGAACUGUCAGUCCAAUACAGACCUCGACAACGCCAUUAUUUCGAGGAAGGAAGAGAAUAAGCGAUGAAACAACCUUUCCUCUUGAUGGUAAACGGCAGCGUUUCCAUUCACCCCACCAAGAGCCAACUAUAAUUAACCAGAUAGUGCCUUUAUCAGCUGACCGAAGAUAUUCCAUGCCGCCAUUGUUUCACACACACUAUGUACCAGAUAUAAUCAGAUGUGUUCCACCUCUUCGAGAAAUUCCACUCUUAGAACCUAGAGAAAUCACACUGCCUGAGGCCAAAGAUAAGUUGAGUCAGCAGAUACUAGAGUUGUUUGAAACUUGUCAGCAGCAAGCAAGUGACUUGAAGAAGAAAGAACUUUGUAGAGCACAGCUGCAGAGAGAGAUUCAGUUGCUGUUCCCACAAAGCAGACUGUUUUUGGUUGGAUCGUCUUUAAAUGGAUUUGGUGCCCGGAGCAGUGAUGGUGAUUUAUGCUUGGUUGUUAAAGAAGAACCAUGUUUUUUUCAGGUAAAUCAGAAGACUGAAGCACGACAUAUACUCACCUUAGUCCAUAAACACUUCUGUACCAGACUAUCUGGCUACAUUGAGAGACCUCAGCUGAUUCGUGCAAAAGUGCCAAUUGUGAAGUUCAGGGAUAAAGUCAGUUGUGUGGAAUUUGACUUAAAUGUGAACAAUACCGUUGGAAUUAGAAAUACAUUCCUUCUAAGAACUUAUGCAUACCUUGAAAAUCGAGUCCGUCCACUAGUGCUGGUGAUUAAGAAGUGGGCCAGUCACCAUGACAUCAAUGAUGCCAGCCGUGGCACUCUGAGCAGCUAUAGUCUUGUAUUGAUGGUUUUGCACUAUUUACAAACCCUACCUGAACCCAUCCUUCCAUCCCUCCAAAAAAUUUACCCAGAAUCUUUUAGUACUUCUGUACAGCUGCACCUUGUACACCAUGCUCCAUGUAAUGUCCCUCCUUACCUCUCAAAGAAUGAAUCAAGUCUUGGGGACCUCUUACUGGGCUUUCUUAAAUAUUAUGCUACAGAAUUUGACUGGAACACUCAGAUGAUUUCAGUUCGUGAAGCCAAAGCCAUCCCAAGGCCUGAUGACAUUGAAUGGAGAAAUAAAUACAUCUGUGUCGAAGACCAAGCUGGCCUCGAACUCAGAGAUCCACCUGCCUCUGCCUCCAGAGUGUUGGGAUUAAAGGCAUGCUCCACCAUACUGGACCGAUUGAGAAUAUUUUAAUCUUUGUUUUUUACAACAUUUUAAAAGGGUGCGUAACUAUGAAUUUAAAUCUUCUUUGGUAUUUGGUUUGCUAAUGUUGCACAGUGACUGUGUAUUUUAAUUACUUGUGUUCUUUUGACAGGUAAACAUUUUUAUAAAGUGCUAAAUAUGAUGUGGUCCAGUACAGUUUGUCACAUGGCCUUAUUCUACUAAAACUCAAAAACACAACAAAAGCGGCACAGUGCUGUGACAGUGCAGUAAAGUUCUUUUAAACACAGCCUUUCUAAGUAAUGCAGAAAGGACCUACAUGGCUUGAAUUGUCCUCUCACUGCCACCUGUAUUCCAUGGCAUACCUUACCUGAAUAUAUAUAUAUACACACAAAAUAAAAUUAAGUUGUAAAAAUAUCAAAACAAAGGAAUUUUCAGAAUUUUGGACCUCCUUAGAUUAUAUGGCUAAAAUGAACUUUCUAUCACAUUUCUUUGCUUUCUUCAGAUUUUCCAGGUUUUCCCCUCUUAGCUACUUUUCUUUUCAGCAACUCUAUUGAUUUUUGGCUUUCGUUCUCUCUUUCAACUUUAAGACAUGCAUAAGCCUUUGUAUUUUGAGGGGG